ACUGAAAGAGCUAUAAAAACUUCCCAAUUAAGAUUAAAAUGGGGAACGUGAAUGUUCGGAUGCAGAAGAAUAAAGACGCUCUCUCAGGAUUCCAGAUUGCAAAACUAACAUUUGACUUCAACACAUUCUUUGAUCUGAACAAAGAUGGAUACCUCUCAUACAAGGAUUUCCAGUGGGCUAAAGACAAGGUUUGCUUCAUGUCUGGAUGGAAAAUAGACUCGGAGAAAUAUAGAAGGACGGAGAAACUCUUCUCAGAUAUCUGGAUUAGUCUCCUGGAGAUAGGAGACAUGGAUAACGAUGGCAGGAUAACGAUUGUGGAAUGGCUUCAGCUUUGGGAAAGAUAUAAGAAGGAGUUGUGUUACAAAGAAAGAGGAACAGAAAACUUUCUGCAAAAGUUCUACACAGAUAAAAAUCCAGACUUCAGACUUCUGAAGAUGACAGGAGAAAAGUUGGGAGACGAUCCAAUAAAUCUGAUGAAGAAAGGGCCAAACCUAGUAGAUGAUCUGGACACUAUUCUACCCUCAUGGUUACAUGAAUAUUUAGUUUUCAGGUUUGACUUGUUGGAUCGUACUGGGGAUGGAAGAAUAGAUACGGAAGAAUAUGAAUACGUCCUCUCAGAGUUCGGAAUCAGAGAGAGGGAUGCAAGACAAGCCUUUCUAAUCUUUACACAGAAUUCUCUGGAACCUUUGAGCUUUGAAAGGUUCGUGAACUUGUUCGAGGAGUACUACCUCUCCGACAAUCCAUCCGACCUCGGCAACUUUGUGAACGGAGUCCUUGAGUUCAAGUUUGACAACAUCCAGGAGGAACCUUUAAUACAGGAGGAACCUUUAAUACAGGAGGAACCUUUAAUACAGGAGGAACCUUUAAUACAGGAGGAACCUUUAAUACAGGAUGAACCUUUAAAUAACGAACAUAAAAUCUAAAAACCAAAACUCUCAUAUUCCCAGUUUUUUAUCAUUAUUUGUAAUUUUUAGUAAAGUAGAAUAUUUUUCAUGAACUUUUAGCUUUUCAGUUAAAAUUAUUUUUUAAUCGUGCAAACUCCCAUGAAGUCUGGUGACUUGAUUUGCUUAAGUUCAGUGGCUUGCUUAAGCCAACGUUCCACAUUUUUGCUUUUUGCCUAGAUCUACAAAAUAACCCAGAAAAAAUUAAGUGAUAUAGCCUUUUUUUAGUAUUAGCAGUUUUAGCACUUAAUAAUUGAGCUAAACAUUUACAGAUUUUUCCAUGAUUUCACAUUGCUUUGGCAAAAAAAACUGAUUUGUGUUUUAAAAACCAAACAUUGAUUUAUUGGGACAUUCCUUAUAAUU